CCAGAGUAGCCUGACGUCAUGCAAUGGCGAUUCGAUACGCGUUGUCGGGCGGGUCACAAUUGAAAAAUGCUGGUUUAUCAUUGUUGUGAUGCGUUAGCGACUCCCUGCAUUGUGCAGACGAUGGACGUAUGUCACUGCUUGGAUUGUAGCUUCGUAUCGUUCGUAGGCUGCGGAUGCUUUCCUUUGUAAUCGCCGCCUGCGUCGUUGGAGUCUGGAAAACAAGAGCAGAGUGUCUCAAGGCUGCUGCGAGGAAAGAAUCCCUCGUGUGGUGGUGACCAUCCUGCCCCAUUUGUGUGCAUCACUGAAUGCCAGUGGUUGUGCUGCAGAGAGGUAGCUGAAUUGGGACACCCAGAAGAAGCAUGCAGAACAGUGUGGUAUUGCACAGCACGCUGGCUUUUGCAAUGCACUAUUAGAGAGCCAGAUGAGGAAUGGAGAGUGAAGAGGUGGUCACAUGCUGUGCCUCCACGCGCCCUGUCCUGGUGCAUUCGAAGCCAUCCAGUGCAAUGAUGCACCAUGCACGCCACUCGAGCCUGGACCUGCGAGGUCACCAUGGGCCCGGCAUAGCUCGCGCAGUCACGCCGCCAUCGUCCAGCAGCAGCCACAUGCCACGAAAACAGCAGCACCAGCGUAAUCUAAGCCUCGACUCAGCCAUGCGUGUGCUCAGUCCCUCCCACCACAGUGAUACGACGGACCGCCACAGCCUGGCAUCGGACGACAGUGGCAUCUUCAACUCGGAUGAUGGUGACAGGACUUCUCGCGUAAACAUGGAGGCCAGCACACCUGCUCUGCUGCCGUGCACACUGCGGCCACCAGUUCAGGGGGUCAUCGAUGAGGUCCGCUCACCGGUGUCACCACUGCAGGAGGACACUACGCCGAUGCCACCAGGGGAACGGCUGGUGCCUAAAGACCUGCUGCUAAGGUUGUUUGAGUCUACACUGUUUGACAUGCCUCUUGCCAUAGACUACCUGUUUCGUUCAAAAGAGCCAGGGGUGCUUGCAUACCUAGGCAACAGAAUGUUCAGCUUCAGUGAUGCCGAUGUGGACUUUUACUUGCCUCAGAUCGUUAGCAUGUACGUGCAUCAUAGCGACAUAGCUGACUCCCUGCGGCCCUACCUAGUCCAGAGGUGCAGCAAGGACACGGACUUUUCCCUGCACCUGGUGUGGCUGCUGUCGGCCUUCUGCUCGGACCCCAAUGCUCCCCCUCGGAAACGCUCACAGGGCCACCAGCUCAAGCAGCUCAUACUCUCUGAACAUUUCCGGCCACGUGUUGCUACCGUCCAGCAGAUGUCCUCGUCACUCUUAGGGGUGUCUUCAAAAAAGACCCAUCAGCGUUCCCUCUCCGAUGCUACUGGCAUGAGUGGUGGUGGGAGCCGGCACAUCCCCGAGUCUAGUCGCAAGGCAGCUCUGCUUGGGGACUUGGGCUCGGGUCAUGCCUUUGACAAUGGCUGCGCCUGCUACGACAGUUGUGAUGGCAUUGUUGUCGACCUGCGUGGACGAACCAGGAUGGAAUGCCACUGCCAGGCACCACGCCUCACCUCUCAAAACCAGUUUAUCAAGACCCUCAUCUCCUUGGGACUCAGACUACAAGCGGUGCCUACGAAAGAGCUCAAAACUCAGAGACUUCAGGCGGAACUUUCGCUGGUCAACUUGAAUUUGCCAGCACGAGUGUGGCUUCCUCUGCACUCCGACAAAUUUCCCCACCUUGUGGUCAGGGUGCCCCCACAGGCAGCUGCAGUGCUCAACUCAAAGGACAAGGCACCGUACCUCAUUUAUGUGGAAGUAGUGGCUGUGGAUGACAUCCAGACAUCGCCUGUUCCUGCGAAGGUCCUCAACCCUCUCCGGUUGACGCGGUCAGAAGAAAACCUUCCCGACUACUUCGGUGUGCAGCCUGCGUCGGUCUUCUCCAUGUGUGGCAUGGACGAUGAUGCCGAAUGCUGGACUCAGGAGGAUGAUGAAAUCUCCAUGCAGUUUCUGCGGAAUCAGAAAGCACAGGAGCGAGACACACUGUCAGUGCUGUCUUUGGACAGCGGGACAAGUGCCGACAGCAAGGAGCCCCUGUUUGUGGUGGCUAGUGAUGUGCGUCGCCGGCUGUCGGAGAACUCGCACGUGCCCAAGAACACGGUCAAGCGUGAUCCUGAGGACCCCUCGGCAGCUGCACUCAAGGAGCCCUGGGAGGAGAAAGUGCAGCGCAUUCGUGAGUCCUCCCCGUACAGCCACCUGCCUGGCUGGCAGUUGAGGGCAGCCAUUGUCAAGUGCGGGGACGAUCUGCGGCAGGAACUCAUGGCCUAUCAGCUGCUCAAGCUCCUUCAGAACAUCUGGCAACAGGAGCAUGUGAGCCUGUGGCUUCGACCAUACCGCAUCCUUGUGACGUCAGCGGACAGUGGCCUUGUGGAGCCCAUCCUGGACACCAUGUCUCUGCAUCAGGUCAAGAAGCACUCGCAGCUGUCACUGCUACAAUACUUCGAGCAGCAGUUUGGGCCACCAACCAGUGAGGCCUUCUUGAGUGCACAGCGCUGCUUUGUGGAGAGCUGUGCUGCAUACUGUCUUGUCUCGUACCUCAUACAGGUCAAGGACAGGCACAAUGGGAACAUCCUACUCGAUGGGGAAGGCCACAUCAUACACAUUGAUUUCGGCUUCAUACUUUCCUCAUCACCCAAGAACCUUGGCUUCGAGAGCUCCCCAUUCAAGCUAACUCAGGAGUUCGUUGAUGUGAUGGGUGGCCUGGACUCGAACCUGUUCACCUACUUCAAGGUGCUUAUUCUGCAAGGGCUGGUGGCGGCACGCAAGCACCACGAGCGCAUCAUCACCCUGGUGGAGAUCCUGCAGUCCAAUGCAAGGCUGCCCUGCUUCCAGUGGCACGGGGCCAGUGCAGUGCGCGCUCUCCGCGAACGCUUCCACAUGGGCUGCACCGAUGAGAGGCUGCAGAUGCUUGUUGACUCGCUUGUUGAAAGCAGCAUGCACUCGCUCACAACGCGGCUGUAUGACAACUUCCAGUACUUCACAAAUGGCAUUCUCUAGGCUGGCUUUUCUUGACCAUGGGCCCUCCGCACCCAACUUGCUUGGUGGCUGGAGGUGUCGGGAUUCCUUUGCAUGCUCAAUUGUCGCAGGUUGACAAGUCACUGCCUGGUCUCAGCUGGUCUUGGCACAGUUUGUCUGACGUGCUUUUCUUUUCUACAGCAUUGCAACAGGACCAUCCUUAAGAUGCUGAUAGUUGGGCCUGUGCCUAGCAAUGCAAGUAGGCCUUGUACAUACUACAACUGCGUAGAAUGUUCUCCCUCAUUGACACAUUUUUGGUGUCCCUUCAUCAGCAUGGCAGACUGGCAUCUGUAAAUAAUGUUAUUUUGUUAAGAAGCAUUAGCCGAACAGCUGCUUCGGCUCACUGGUAACAAAUGGUAAGAUGUUUUGAAUGUAAACAGCUUUGUACGUUAGUGUGAUGAGUACCUCUUGUUGCAGUCACUCUGCAGGAUGGAACUUCAUGGAGUUGCUUUCAGUGAAUGCGUUAUAUAUUUUAUCAAAGGUUUCUGUACAUAUCAGUGCAGCAGUUUAGACCUCUUACGCUCUAAGCCAAACGGUAGUAUUUGGGGUGUCUUUCUCCCACACAACAAUUCGGCAUCUGGCUGGCUUGCGGUUCUUUUCUUGAAAACUAUGCAGUUGCUACUCUCCUAUCAAGAGGGCUGGCUAUGUCAUGCUGAAGAAGUACCAAGCACGUGGUGAUAAUGCAAGAAAAGCAUGCGCAAUAGAUGAUGAUUAUUCUCGUGUGGCAGAAAGGCACCACAGUUACACCUAAUUCUUUUUUUUUUGCAUUGGAGUGUAGUCCACAAAAUGCCUGCUGUUGUGCUGUAUUUUAUGAACAAAUCACUCCUUACUGUAUCGUCUGUGCUGCAUCGACAGAGUUUUUGUGACGGGGCAUUGCAACAUACUUGCCCUUGCCUGGGAAGCCCGUCGGCCUUAAUUGCAAAGCUACAGUAGAGCUUAGUGAAAAGGAAGCAUCCAGUGUUGAGCUGGACCACUAUGUAAAUGUGCGCACUGCCUUGUAAAUACAGCUGGUAGGUUUUAUGCAGAGCCAUGUUAUAAGAACCCAUGUGUCUUAAGAGUGGAAACCCUGUGGGCCGUCCAGACUUGCUUCUUUGACAUUUAGGCUAGUGAUUGUUCAGUUGUGACCACCCUCUUCCGGCUAUACUUGUCAUCUACAUUGUGUACUGGGAUUGCUCAAUGGUUGGGAGUUGCGCAGUGAUUUCAAAGCGACUUCAGGCCAGAGUCCUUAUAUAGCUUGCCUGAAAGUUGGGCUUAGCAAGCUGGUGCUAGCUGUUGAGAUCGGACACACUUGGGAAAUCUUCAGUCAGUCAUUCCAGAGCACUCUGGCAGGGGUACAGAAGGAUCCAGCAGUGAUUACCUGCUUGUUAUCAUCGUACAUCAAGGUGGCAGCUCUGCCGGAGUGCUCAACCAAAAUGAAGAUUCAAUUGAAGGUGAAUGUGAAGCCACUUGUUGAUUGUGCCGGGGUUAGUCUAGCAUCGGGUUCAUAAAUCUUGCAUCAGCAUGGUUCUUUUUUUUUAAUUUGGCUUAGUGUGUGCCAUACUUAAGUCAACCACUUGCAUUGUAGCAACUGCUUAUCUUUCUGCUUUGUUUUCAGCAGUUCAGUGUCUCCUUACUCGCUUUUCUGUCAUUCUGCUGCGCCACAAGUACAGGACCAGUGCUUGGAUGCCAAGCAAUGUGCAUCAGGGUUACAGCACUUGGUUGAUGAUAAUGUGUGAAGACAUUGCUGCUUGUAAAUACUAUGAAGGCUAUUUUUUCAGGCUUUCCUUCCUACUAAUGUGUAAAUAGUGUGCUAGAUAUUUCAACUAAUAGUUAUCUAUCCUACAUUUUAUGCUGUUAUAUGGCCGAGCAUUAAUCCUGAGUCACAGCAAGCCUUCGUCUAUUGUGUGACAACCCUUUGUUGCAUUUUCUUCCAUCAAAGAUGUUUGAGGUGCUUCUGUGCAUACUGCAACAAAUUUCCAAGGUAUGGGAAUCGGAAGAUUGAGCCAAGCUGCACGUCCAGUCCGACAUUGCUUUCUGAUCAGUGUGCUGUAAUAUAAUGACAAUUAAAUUUUCUUUUCUAGUAAUUCA